GGCUGCUUUAUUUCUGCACGAACUCCGGUCGGUUUGAGAUCUGUAGGAGUUCCCUGAUGCAAGUACUCUGCACACAUCAUGAAGCACUGACUUUAUCCUGAAGACUUGAACAUUGAGAGAGAUCAGACUGUAGACCACACACACACGGGAGCCAACUGACCUUAAAAUACAGCAGAAAGGAGCGGGACAAACACCAAGCUCGCAGCAUCAAAAGAUAUUACAAGAUGCGGUGCAAGAACCUGACCUCCAUCCUGCGCAUCGUGGGGACAACUCUAUUUGGUCUUGCUCUUUUGCUGGGAAUCGCAGCCGCCUACAUCGUCGGAUAUCAGUUCAUAGCCACAGACAAUUAUUACUUUUCCUUUGGACUGUAUGGAGCAAUCCUUGCCCUGCAUCUCCUCAUUCAGAGCCUCUUUGCAUACUUGGAGCACCGGAAAAUGAAGCGAUCCCUGGAAACCCCCAUUAAGUUGAACAAGUCAGUGGCUCUGUGCAUCGCUGCCUUCCAAGAGGACCCAGAUUACCUGAGGAAGUGCCUGCUGUCUGUCAAGCGGCUGACUUACCCGGGGAUGAAUGUCAUCAUGGUCAUAGAUGGGAAUAGCGAGGACGAUCUGUACAUGAUGGACAUAUUCGGUGAGGUCAUGGGGAGGGAGCGGUCAGCCAGCUACAUAUGGAAGAGCAACUUCCACGAGAAAGGCCCGGGUGAGAGUGACGAGUCCCAUGGGGAGAGCAUGCAAUAUCUCACCAGGCUGAUCAGGUCCAACAAGAGCGUGUGCGUAAUGCAGAAGUGGGGAGGCAAACGAGAAGUGAUGUACACUGCGUUCAAGGCACUGGGGCGCACUGUGGACUAUGUGCAAGUUUGUGAUUCCGAUACGAUGCUGGAUCCCGCUGCAACCGUGGAGAUGGUUAAAAUUCUGGAGGAGGAUCCAAUGGUUGGAGGGGUUGGUGGUGACGUUCAGAUUCUCAACAAAUACGACUCCUGGAUUUCGUUCCUUAGUAGCGUCAGAUAUUGGAUGGCGUUCAACAUCGAAAGAGCUUGUCAGUCCUACUUUGGCUGUGUGCAGUGCAUUAGUGGUCCCUUAGGGAUGUACAGAAAUGAAUUACUCCAUGAGUUUAUGGAGGACUGGUACAAUCAGGAGUUCCUGGGCUCACAGUGUAGCUUUGGGGAUGACAGGCACCUGACGAACCGUGUACUGAGUCUAGGAUAUGCCACAAAAUACACAGCAAGAUCCAAAUGCCUGACUGAAACCCCAACACAAUACCUGAGGUGGUUAAACCAGCAGACCCGCUGGAGUAAGUCCUAUUUCAGGGAAUGGCUGUACAAUGCCCUGUGGUUCCACAAGCACCAUCUGUGGAUGACGUACGAAGCAGUAAUCACUGGAUUCUUCCCUUUCUUCCUCAUAGCCACUGUCAUCCAACUUUUUUACCGGGGAAGGAUUUGGAAUAUUCUUCUGUUUCUCCUCACUGUCCAGCUCGUGGGUCUUAUCAAGUCUUCCUUUGCGAGCUGCCUGAGGGGCAACAUUGUGAUGAUCUUCAUGUCUCUCUACUCAGUGCUCUACAUGUCCAGCUUGCUGCCGGCAAAGAUGUUUGCCAUCGCCACCAUAAACAAAGCAGGCUGGGGGACGUCAGGAAGGAAGACCAUUGUAGUGAACUUCAUUGGGCUGAUCCCGGUCUCAGUGUGGUUCAGCAUACUUCUGGGAGGGGUCAUGUACACGAUAUACAACGAGACCCAGGAUCCCUUCUCUGAUUCAGAGCUGACGGUUCUCAUUAUUGGGGCAGUCCUGUACGCCUGCUACUGGGUCUUGCUGUUAACUCUGUACGUUGUGCUGAUCACCAAAUGCUGCAGGCGGAGAAGCGAGCAGCAGUAUGAUAUGGUGCUCGACGUAUGAUGUUUACAUGUGCGCGUAUCGUUAUUAUUGACGCAUUACAAAAUGUCGAGCAUCUGGUGGCAUUAACAGGUGGUUGUCGCCAAAGGAUAUGAAUCAUUGCUGCUGUCACUUCAAGAAAUGCAAUAAGAGUUCAUACAGUUGUGCCAAAGAAACUAAAAUAUUUUUGAUCUGCCAUGCAAUUCAUGCUGAAGGAACCGAUGUGUGUGGAACAAUCGUGACCAUUUUGAUGUCUGCACUUUUUAUUCUUUCAUCAGGCAAAAUGCUUGAUGGUGUCUCGGAAUACCUCACUGGCAGUGUUUGUGGAUAGCGGGGUGAACCUUAACGUUAGAACUCUCGAAGCGAUUCUCUCGCCCACUUCUUCAUCGAACCUCAGCUGAUGUCUCUUCAAACCAAGCCAUAUUAACUGUGCGAAAGUAAAUGGGCCCCAACUAAACUUCCUCUUUCACAGCUACUGACUCUCAGUGCUGGAAGUUGACUUUUUUUUAAAAAUGUGUUUUUUCGGAACAUGAGGUCCGAGGCUCUAGUGUUUGUGUAAGUUUAUCUAUAUUUGUAUUUUCCUGGGAAACAGCAGACCGAAUUCUGCCUAUUUUAACGGUUGUUCGUUUUCUUUUUUAAAUAAUCAAACCAAAGAUUUAUCAUCAUUAUUAAACUUUACCUUGAAUGACUUAUGUGAAUACGUGAUGAAAAUGUGAAUUGUUGCAACAGCUGAUUUUAGACCAAUGACAAUUUUAACAUACUGCAGUAAGAAAUGUCCAGUGUCAACCAUGUGCCUCGGGUCAAAGACUAAAGUGGAAAUGGGGAGCAGAUUUGCAGCUCAUUCUGUCUUAGGUCUUUUUGCUUCUAAAGGGGUUAUUAUAUAGAUGGACAGGUCAGUGCUAGUUCCUUUUAGGGACUUCAUGCCAAGUUGGCAAGAAAACUCAAGAUCCCAUUGUUAGCAGCCACUUGACAUUGACUAGUCCGAGUGGGAUGAGUUUUAUUGGAUCUUGGGAAGUGCUUUAAGGUAGACUAAACACUCUACCUUAUGGGCAAAGGAAUUGGCGGGGGUAGUGGGAAGAACCAAAAAUAUUCUCCUUCACACCAUUGCAAGUGUGAUGUCCAUGGCCUGUUUAAAUCUACCCUUCCUUGCUGAAGCUAAGUGAAGAUACAAAAACAAAUCCUGUGGGUCAACUUCAUCCCAUUUUUGAUGCAUUUUCCAAAACCUUGGGAUUAUGAAUAGAAAAAUAAGGAUUAUUGAGGAAUAAUUUGCAAACCACUAUUAGAAAAAAAGCAUCAGUUCAGAAAAAUUAUGUGAGUGAUGUAUGGCAAGACUAGAAAGUUAAUAGAUGUAAUGCAGCCAAUCAAUUAUUGAACAACAUGCAUUUACUGAGUGGUUUGAAGAUUGCUACCUAGAGACUUGUUGGUUUUUCCAUCACCCCCCUCCCCAACCCAACAACCACCAAACUUCUGCGUGACAACUUGACAUUUCUACAGCACAUUUAUGGGCUUAACACACACAUAAUAGCAACUGAAAGUAUCGAAUGCUGAUAAUAACAUUUACAAAUUACUUUUUAAAAAAUGAGAUUCCCACAACCAUCCCUGGGGGAAAUAAAAUACACUUUGUGAACAAACUGCCAAAAGUGAGCAAGACACUCUAGUGAGAGGUGGAAUCCAUAGGUGUAUAUCUAGGAUUCUGAGUAAUAUUGCGUCUGAUGGACGUUGAAUUUUUGUUUACAUUUCCUGGUUAAAGUUGACUUCAUUUUCCGAAGUAAAUAGAAUGAAUGGUAACGUUUUUGAUGUAUUCAGCAUUAUUACGUUUUUCUUUGAAGGUAAUUCUUGACAUGGUAUUGCAAAUAAUAACCAAAAAUGUACAUGCAAGUCAUUAAAUCUCAUAAAUUUGCAAACGUUUAAAAGUCUUAUGUAGUCUAUAUCACUCCUUGUAGAAUGUUAACCCAGUUGCCUGUAUUUAUUUAAGCAAUGUUGCAACAUACUCCAAAAUACGGAUUGUAAUAGAUAAAGUUAUGAUUUCAACAUGAAUAAAUAUUUUUGAUAACACAA